GAGUGUAGUUGUUUGUUUGUAAUAAAGAAGAAUUGUUGAUUUUUCGCCACUACAAGAAAUUAAUAUUAAUUAUAUUGGAAUUAUUAUUAGAUGGCAUCGAAGAGGACAUCUCAUACUAGUGAUAGUUGUGAUGACAAUGUUACUUCAACCAGUACUAAGCGAAUAAAACAACAUCAUAUUCAUGGGAAUCUAGAAGAAGAACAACAAAAGGAGAUCCAACACCUUUUAUUUCCCACUAUCAGUGCCUCUGCAUUAGCCUUACGCUUGGAACCCUUACUUCGAAAACUGAUACAAGAGGCGAUUCACCUCCACCUAAACCCAAGUUGUGGAUUGACGCUUAUGUCCAACACAUUUGGAAGGAGACGUUUGCAAUUCUGUUUCAUGAACAAAUUGCCAAACAGAAUUUUCACUAAGUCCACCAUCAAAGCUGAGGGAGAUGAACCACUUCAAAUUGAACUGCGUGAUGUUGAAAAUCAGCAACGCGUAGUCAUGGAAGAGGGUUCCUCCAUGAAGAUCCAAUUAUGUGUCCUAUAUGGUGACUUUGAAAAAGAGGAUUGGACAGCUGAGGAAUUUAAUACUCAAAUUGCACCUCCAAGAGAGGGAAAAGAAGAACUGUUGAAAGGAAACGAAUUCAUUACACUAAGAAAUGGAGUUGCUGAUAUCGACAAAGAGAUUGAGUUUACAGAUAUAUCAAAGGGAAGAAACGGUCAAUUUCGGCUAGGGGUUAAAAUAGUUCAAUCUAAUUCAAUUGGAGUGUGCAUUCGAGAAGGUAGAAGCGAACCUUUUAAGGUCCUGGAUGUUCGAGGAAAGAAUUACGAGAAACACGAUCGUCCAUCGUUGAAUGAUGAGGUAUGGCGUCUGAAAGGGAUACGUAAAAAUGGUCCACUUGACAAGCUGUUGGCAUCAGAUGGAAUACACACUGUUAAGGAUUUUUUGAGAUUGUACAUAACCAAUGAAGCUUCAUUAAGAGAGAAAAUAGGCAAGAUUGCAAGGAAUUCAUGGAAUACAAUUGUUGCACAUGCUAAAGAUUGUGAUGUAGACAAUGAUGAUGAGCGCUACAUCUAUUACUCAACUGAACAACCAAUAUCGUUCCUUGUCUUUAAUGCAAUUUAUAAGGUUGUGGAGGUGACUUUUCAUAAUGAACAAAACGCUCGUUCUAUUCAAUCUCUAAACCAGCAAGAAAAGCGGUUGGUGGAAAGAGUUAAGCAACAUGCUUACAAAUAUUUCAAUGAUUGGAAUCCAUUGCCAAUUGAUACAACAACACUUGGAUUGGAGGAGACAUUGACAGGUGUACAAAAUGCACAAUAUGACGGUCAAGAUCAAGCCCUGCAACAGUCUGACUUUCUAGUUUGUCAGCAAGGUCAAAAAGAAAUUGGGCAAAGUUAUGUUCAACCAUGUAUCUCUACUUCAUAUGUUAAUGAGGGAAUGGAUAAUUACCAGAUCUAUGUUGAUCCAAUGCCAGACAUAAGAGAAAUACCACAAAACAAUCACGUGGAAGGUGAAAUGUACAUUGAUGGGGAUGGUUAUGGAUCACAUUUUCCAGUUGUAGAAGGUCGCUAUUCGAUGGAGAAUCUCAUGAAUGACUAUCCUAUUUAUACAACAUGUGAGCCAGAAAAUUACAACUUAUAUGGUUUCUCUGAUGUAGCUGAGUGUAGCACCCAUGUUAAUUUCCUCGAUUCUUCUAUGGAUAUAUCAAGCAGUGAUAAAUCAAAAGCAGUGUGGUGUAAGGUUGGGAUUGCUAUCAAAUGGGUCAUAUCAAUAAGAAGGGUUGCAGCUGCUGCCAAGAGGAAUGCAAACUUGUUUUAUUUUAACUAAUUAGACUCUUCUGGUUUCAUAUUUCAUGUUGAUAUUGAUUGCUAGGUGAAUAGGAUAUUACAAGUUUCUUAAAUAACUAGUAAUUAGUUGUGUUAGUGUUUUAUGAAGCUUACCUUGUUCAAAUUGCAGCAAAGAGACGUCUAAGAUGGAGUCCUUCUGUGCAAUAUUAUAGUGCUAACAUAAUGUGUAGGAUGUUGUCUGUAAAAUAGUUUUAUACACAGUGUCUAUCAUCAUUCAAAGUUUCUAUGUUGAUGUUGGUAGUUUGUAUUUAUUUCAUGUAAAAAAACAUUAUGUAUUAUUAAACAAACACAUAUAUAUCAAUGUGAUAAUAGUUUAUGAUGGUUUAAA